AGAGUACAAACGAUACAAUUCGUUCAUUUUGGGAAAAGCAAUCUCCUGUCUCUAUCUACAUACGAAUUAUAGAAAGUGUGCUCCAACGGAAUAUCAACGGCGAAUGAAAAUCCAUCUUUACAACUACUGUGGUGGGGGUAAACACGGUGCUGUUUCAUUUAUUCGUCUUGGAGUACCCUCUACCCUGAAUUUUCUAACAACAACCUCAAAAUUCACUGCAACUCCGAUUCGACAAUUCGAAUAGUGUGCACAACGAAAUAAACCCUUGACAGACGCUUGGAAAAAAAAAAUUCGGAGUGAACAAGAAUGGCUCGUGGACAUCAGAAAAUUCAAUCACAAGCGAAGGCAGCUGAGAAGGCUAGCAAGAUGAAGAAACAGCAGGGCCACAGUGCCAAUGAGCAGAAAAAAGCUGCACAGAAAGCUCUCGUUCAUGUUUGUGCUGUUUGCAAAGCUCAGAUGCCGGACCCAAAAACGUACAAACAGCACUUCGAGAACAAACAUCCGAAAAAUGAUAUGCCAGAAGAUUUGAAAAAUAUAUGAAGGUGACAAUUCAUCUGGUCUCGAGCGAGCAGACAACAGGGAAAAGUGGCAAGAUAACGUGAAGAAGGAACAACAUAAACAAAUAAACGAUUAAAUUAAUUGACAAAAGUAAAAGAAUGUUAAGAAAGGGACGAAACGUAAACAAACGUUAAUAAUACGAGUGAUACAUAGUGUAACGUUUUAUCCACUUAAUUUCAAUCGCAUUGAUUCAUCGCGGAAAUAAAAUGAGAUCCACUUAAAUAUUUUUUAUUUUUAUUUUUUCGAUUUACAUUAAUAAAUAUGCACUUACCACUGUUAUUGGAUGCACGUUAAACAGUUUAUCAAUUAGCAAUUAUUCAGUGAUAAUGAGUGUUUAUCAUUAUUGAUAAAUGUGCAUUGAAAGUGUAGAUAUUAAAAACCAUUACUCCCUGUUCGUUUUCUGUUUCACUCAACUCUCGCAUUAUUUGUAAUAGUUUAUGAUCGAUUUGUUCUAGAAUCAAUGACUGCCAAUAGCAACUAAAUUAUAAUCUAUGUUAUCUAGGAGAAAUGAAAAGAAAAAUGUUGGAAACUUCAAUAUUAAUAUGGCCGCCAUUGAUAUAACAGUUGUUUUUUUUUCAAAUUGAUAGAAAGUGAAUCAAUCCACUCGUUAUUAAUAUAAAGCUGAUUCAGUAGCAAUGUAAACAAAUCACAUGUAUUUAUAAAUAAUCGCUCGUCCGUAAUGAAUUUAUAUUAAAUUUUUCCGUCGAAAUGUUCAAUUGUACUUAAUACUUGGUCUUUAUUGAGGAACGAAUUAAAAUCCUUGUAAUAUUAAUUUGUACAUGCACCAAGUGUUGGUUGUAUAUUUCCAUGAUGCUUCGUAAUACCUGUGGUAGCCUUUAGUGAAUAUUCUAUGGAAAUAAUCGGUAGUGUUCAGUCUCUUCAGACGAGUUGAGGGACAUCUUGAUAAAUUAAAAAAAUUAUGUCGUAAUGUCGAUAAUUAUUCCCGAUUUUUUAAGAUAUAUCCCUUUUUUAAAUUUGGGGAUUGAGAAACGUGAUACCAUACGAGAAUAAUACAAAUUGAGUCGUGCAUAUUUUCUUUCGAAACUCAAUACGAACCAACUGGUUGGUGCUAUUGUCAUGGGAUAUACCUUAAAAUUGAAAAAUCCAGCAUUUUUUCACUCAUUCAAUGAACAUCGUUAUUGCAUCAGCAAUCCCUGUAUGAGAACGAUUUGGCAGAUGACAAAACAUAAAUGAAUGCGUUGUUAUAUUAUUAUCCUAUUGAUUCAUAAGAAACUAUCAUAUCCUUGUAGUGGAAGUGGGGUUUAUGGUAUAUAUCAAAGGAUUCGUAUGAUUCUUUUAUCAAUAAUGAGUGAUGUCAACUUGCCGAUCUGUCGGUCAGCUGUGAUAUGCACGUUUCAUGACUCGUUAAAUAAUUCUACGAUGUUUUCCAAGUAUGCGUGUGUGUAUGUUUGAAUGGAUAUACAUAAUCAAUAUUCUAUUCAAUGAUUUCUCUUCAACAAGUGAUGCAAUCUGACAAAUGAUGUUUUCCUACGGUCGAAGAAUUUCAAUGACCAGUGGAACUGAUUAGAUUUUGAAGCUCAUUUCUACAGCAAUUUUCUAGUUAUUCAUCCGAAACUCGACAAAGCAAAUUCAAAUUGUUCUCCAUUUAGUGUUUAUGGUUUUUUAAAUACAACUAUCGUUCUAUCCGAGCGAUUAUGAUGAUUAAAAAAAGAAAAUCCUCAUUUGUAA